CUAAAAAAAGAUGUCACAUGCGUCUCACUAAACCGAACAGGAGCGCUUAAAAAUGGAAGCACAGGAAACGGGAGUUUGACGCUCGCGUUGCAUGAUCGUAAAAACAGAUUUAAAGAUUUUCAGUUUCAGCUUGUUUUCAGAGUGGAGGUUUAUUUUAUAACGUUCCCACAGAUAUUUAAAAAAAAAAAAACCCACCAAACAACAACUGUAAUUAGUCUCUGAGCCCCGUCGUUCUUUCAUUCUUACGCUCGCACCCAUCGAUCUUGUGGGUGAAACACUGGAGGGGGGGGGGGGGGGUCCACCUGGAGUGCACGACGGAGACUACAAUGGACUCGGUGUUAUGGACCGACACAUAGGGGGUUGACCAUAGGACGCGGUUUUGCAUUAUUGAGGUAUGCCCUCGCCUAUUUUGGGUGUUUUCAGCGAACCAGAGGGGAAUGUCACAAGCUCCCGUGAGAGCGCAGGCUGAACGAGACAACAGCGGCGGAGUCUUGUGAAAGGAGACCACCAGGCAUCAUCACCAUCAUCAUCAUCAUCCUCAUCCUCAUCACCCCCACAAGCAGUACAUCAGUCCAGAGAUGCCCCUUCGGUGUUGGCUGCUGACGUCCCGCCAGCCCUCUUAACAACCGUCGGGAUCUCGGGGGGGGGGCUGAACCGACAUGGAUGGUGAGAGCCGGGCUGCGACGGUCGGCGACGGCGCAGCCAAUUUCACAGCAGCCCACCUCUGGCUGGAUGUCCUGAACGCUUCGAGCCCGCCGACCCGGUGGGGCGGCAGCCCGUCCGCCGAGGAGACCGGGCUGGACGAGCAGCAGCGCCUCGUCCGAGAGCAAGCCUACCGGGACUUCACCACCACCAUCCAGGUUCUCAUCCUCAUAGGUUCGCUGCUCGGAAAUGCCACAGUGUUGUGGUGCACGUGCUGCACAAACGUCUUCAAAUCCGUCACCAAUCGCUUCAUCAAGAACCUGGCGUGCUCGGGUAUCUGUGCCGGCCUGGUGUGCGUUCCCUUCGACAUGGCACUCGGAGCCAGCCCUCGCUGCUGCUGGUGGCUUCACACUCUGCUGCUCUGCAAGGUCAUCAAGUUCCUCCAUAAACUCUUCUGCUCCGUGACUGUACUCAGUUUCAGUGCCAUCGCACUCGACAGAUACUACUCUGUGCUGUACCCAUUAGAGAGGAAGAUCUCAGAUGCGAGAUCCAGAGAUCUGGUCAUUUAUAUCUGGGUCCAUGCUGUGGUGGUGAGCCUCCCCGUGUUUGCUGUGACCAAUGUGACGGAUGUGUACGUCACCUCCUCCUGCUCAGACGACCACGCCCGCUCCCUGGGCCACAUGGUGUAUGUGUUGAUCUACAACGUCACCACAGUGAUCCUCCCUCUCGCCCUGGUCUUCCUCUUCAUGCUGCUGAUCCGAAGAGCACUCAGCGCCAGCCAGAAGAAGAAGGUGAUCAUUGCGGCCCUGCGGACUCCACAGAACAGCAUCUCCAUCCCGUAUGUGUCCCAGCGAGAGGCCGAGCUACACGCCACUCUACUGGCUGUGGUGCUGGCUUUCUCUGCCUGCAGCGCCCCCUAUGGGGCCUUGGUGGUUUAUCGCACCAUUUUGGCAGACACCAAGGAGCUGCCCAUCUCACUGUAUCUCACAGCCCUCUGGCUCCCAAAGUUGUCUCUGCUCACCAACCCACUCUUGUUUCUGACUGUUAACCGCACAGCCCGUCACAGCUGGUUGGAACUGCUGGCCAGAAUUCACAGACGUUACAGCCGCCGUAACGUGGUCAGCACCGGGGGUCUGGCCUCUUUAGGACCAGAGGGGGUGAUCGGGGAGCCAGUGGGACUGGAGACAGCCGGCCGCACUGGGAGCCAACUUCUGGAGAUGUUCAACAUUGGCCAGCAGCAGAUCUUCAGACCCUCUGAGGAAGAGGAGGAAGAGGAGGAUGUGGAGAAUGAGAUCCCUUCUCAAGGAUCUGGAACCUGCUCUGGGCAAAAAGAGGACCUCAAAGGUGGGUCGAGACUAGGGAGCCUCAGAGGGGAGGUGAUCACCAAAAAGGACCCUCUGCAGGGCACAGGAGGAGGGCUGGUCAUCACCAAAGAAGGCCCUCCUGCAAUCACAGCAUCCCGGGGAUCUCCAGUCCACACAGGCGCUUACACCUCUUCAUCACAGGUGGCGCCAGCUACGCCUACAGACGCUGAGGACUCUACACAGUUUGGUUUUGGACCAUUUGAGCUACCGCCUCAGUGGUUACCUGAGACCAGGAACAGCAAGAAGAGGCUGCUGCCUCCACUGGGUAACACACCUGAGGAGCUGAUCCAGACCAAACUACCCAGGCCACGGCCUGAACGGAGAAUCAGCAGAAACAAUAAGGUCAGCACCAUUUCCACUGUGGACCAAUGAAGUAUUCCUGCUGGCCUCUGAUCGGCACUGGACACAACUCGUUACAGGUUCGGCCUCUUGGGUUGACCAGGCCUUGGCAGGAUACUGAUGUGCCAGGCUGCUCGGUGAGAUGCUUGGUUUCUUUUGGGUAAUUUAAACCUUUUGAAUUUUUUUUCUGAUUUUGUCAGAUGCAGUAGUAGCCAUCGUACAAGUCCAGGUUUUUCACUUUACUGCACAAAAGCUAGACGCCUGAGGCACUGCAGUUCACCAAUUUGAUAUCAAAUAUUUACAUACUGUGAGAAAUAUGCCCACUUAGUCCAACUUAACUACCACUUGAACAGAUCUAAUUCAAUAAUUAAGGACUUCGACAGUGACUACACAAUUAAGAGGACAGAUACCCUUUUUGAACCGCCCUUUUUCGAUUAGAGAUGACAUCAGUAGUUAAAUGAAUACAGUGUGGAAAUCCAAUUAUCCCGAGAGAUCCACUGAUACUGGAUAUAUUUCCAUAGCAAAUAAUCAAGUGAGAAUAUUGAACCUCCCUAACAAAAACGUUCUGUAAAAUGGUUAUGCUGUGAUAGCACUCUGUAAGUGAACACUUCAUAGUGUCCAUGCUUGACAAGUUUUAUGUUAAUAUUGGGGAUUAACUUGCCCUUUGCUGGCCCUUUUUUGCCUCAAGUCCCACUUUUGGAAUAUUCACAUUUCUUCUAAUGUAGUAGAUGUUGUUGUCGUUUGUAUUUUAAAUGUAAGUGGAUUUAAUAAGAUGAAAAAUGCAGAUGUACAGGAUGCAAAUACAUGUUAUAAAAAUGUGACAUUUUCAGAGUAUUAACCGUGUGUUUAGAUUUGUUUUCUGGAACCCAAAGUGCAAC